AUGCGACUUGUUGGUGCCCGCCUAGGCGGUCUCGUGCAAAGGAGGGGGUUCGCGUCGACUGCCGGGCGGCUGGAUCAUUAUGCCUUUGUUGGUCUCGGCCAAAUGGGCUACCAAAUGGCCAAGAAUCUCCAGUCGAAGCUCAAGUCCACGGAUAAGGUGUCCGUCUUCGACAUCAACCCGCAAGCCAUGAAGAGCCUGGAAAGUGAUGUGAAAGCUGUUUCUGGCGGCGCAAAGGUUGAGCUUGCCCCCAGCGCGUGGGCAGCGUCAAAGGAGGCUGACACAGUCAUUACUGUUCUCCCCGAGCCCCAACACGUCCAAGGCGUCUACAAAUCCAUUUUGACAGGUACACUGCCGCAGAAGGACCGCGUCUUCAUCGACUGCUCGACAAUUGACCCCUCGACGUCCCGCGAGGUGGCCAGGUCGGUUUCUGAUGCCGGCCAGGGCACGUUUGUCGACGCUCCCAUGUCGGGAGGAGUGGUGGGCGCCACGGCCGGCACGCUGACCUUCAUGCUCGGAGCCAAGGCCGAUAUGGUCCCCCGUGUCGAGCCCACGCUGCUGCAGAUGGGCAAGAAGGUGCUUCACUGCGGCGAACAAGGCGCGGGCCUAUCCGCCAAGCUCGCCAACAACUACCUGCUCGCUCUCAACAACAUUGCCACGGCAGAAGCCAUGAACCUGGGGAUGAAGUGGGGUCUGGAUCCCAAGAAGCUUGCGGGCGUCAUCAAUGUCAGCACUGGCCGCUGCUGGCCAAGUGAGGUCAACAAUCCCGUAAAGGGCGUGGUCGAGACGGCGCCGGCGGGACGCGAUUAUGGCGGUGGAUUCGGCAUCUCCCUGAUGAAGAAGGAUCUGCGACUGGCGAUGGUGGCUGCCAAGGAGGCUGGGGCCAAGAUGGCUCUCGCCGACACUGCGUUUGGCGUGUACGAGGACGCGGAGAAGCGGGAAGAGUGCAAGGGACGCGACUUUUCGGUGGUGUAUAGAUAUCUCGGGGGCAAAGAGUAG